AUGCUGGACACUCGAAGAAGUUUGUCUGGUUUGGCCCAAUUAAUGUUGCCAGCUCUCGUUGACUCUGCAAGUGUGUCAGAUGUCCAUCAAGCUGGUAAUCCCCACCGUACAAAUCUGCUCGGAAGAGCUCAUCAACAGAUUCGACGCGGCGCUGCCGGAUUCAGAGAUGUGCGUUGAAC